AUGCUGUAUAGGAUUAUUGAAAAGGUCUAUAAAUAGAUUCCAUUAAAAUAUUAGUAAAGACUAAAAGAUAUAGAAUUCGACAACUUAUAAAGCAUGAGAGUAAUAAAUUAUGCUAUAAUAGAUUGAAUUUACAAAUGGUAUUGUGCAAAAAACAUUUAAUUAUGAGGUUUUAUCAAAUAAAAUUCAAUUAAUCCAAGUAUGAUUAGUUAUAAGUAGGCAUCUACAGUAAUCAAAGAAUUAGUUAGAAUUUUGCUCAAAAUGGAAACUCUUCCAAUUUUUCCUUUAAUUUAUUUGCUUUCAAUAUCAGAAUUAUUCUGGUCUGAAUUUUUUAUUACUUUAUAUACAAUGUUAUGUUUAUUAAUGGAUAUGGCUAUUUCAUACUUGAUACUCUUUUAUAAUUUAAAACAAAGGUGGAAAUUAGAAGAGAAUAUCAAUAAACAGUAAUGUCGAAUAUUAGCAGAUAUAGAUGAAUUGUUAUAAACCUAAAAUAAAAGUCCGUCAAAGAAAAUUUAAUGGUAGUAAUUAAAAAUAGGUUAAAUUGUUUGUCUUUAAAAAGGAGAAAAGAGUCCAGCAGAUAUCCUAAUUUUAGAGUCAAGUUAGGAAUAAGUAUUUAUUGAUUUUAAAUUAAAAUACCCUUGUCCUUGCACAUUUGUAAAUUAAACUUCUAAAACUAAAGGUAUUAUGACUAAAUUCUUAAUCAAUUUAAGUGGUUGGAUAUAAUUUUAAAGUUGUAAAUUAGGAACAAUUAAAUUAAAAAAUGAUCCAAAAGCAACUCAAUUUACAGAUGUUAAUAUCAUUUAUAGAGGAUAAAUUUUGAAUCAAACAGAUUGGAUUUUUGGAAUAGCAAUUUAAGUUGGUCAUGGAUGCUUUUAAUAAAGAGAUCGUUAUUAUAAUUGGAAUUACUAUAAUUAAAAUAGCUUUUAUUUAUUUUUGAUAAAUAUUGUAAUCUUCUUGAUCCUUUUAAUUCCUAAGUUGAUUAAUUAGUAAUACUAAGAAUUUCCAACUUAUCAAAAUUCAAUAAUAAUGUGUUUGUUACUUAUACCAUAGAAUUACUUUAUUAUAAAUUAAAUUUGGUUGUUAAUACAUCAAUUCAACAUAAACAAAUUAGAAGUAAAACAAUCUGUUGAAAUUAAAUAGAAUUUAAUUUAAUAAUAAUAAUAAUUAUUAUUAGAGUAAAGUGAUCCAAUACUAUAAGAAUAUGAUAAAAAAGUUCUUAUUUAAGUAUAAAAAGUAGUAUCAACAAAUAAUUCUGUAUUAAAUAUAGCCUUAAGCAAGAAAAAUCCAUCUUAAUGUGUUAUAUAUAAAUUUAAUCAAUUAACAAAUCAAAAUAUCUUAGAAUUAAUGAAGACAGAUGUAGUAGUUUUUGAAAAUCCAUAAAAAAUUUUAAAAAAUGAUGUUAGAGUUUGUCUAAUCAUACAUGAAAAAUGUAGAUAUUACUUUAAUUAUGAAAAAUUAUAAACUAUAAUCGAAAAAACUACUCCUACUCAAAAACAUAAUUAUGAAAAAUUACUUUUAGAUACAAAUAGAUUUUAAGCAUAUGAUGAAUAAAAAACAUAAGAUAUUGAUUUAUUACUUGCUGAAAAAUAAUAACCUACAUUAAGAAUAAUAGAAGAAAAAAAAACAGUCCAGAAGAUUGGAUUUUUAAAAGAAUAAAAUAAACUAAUGUAAAAAGAAAUGAAAGAUUCUAAAGAUCUAAAAAAACAAAGUGGAGAUUAAUAAAAAUUAAAUCCAUAUACUUCUUUUAGAAAAUAGAGUGCAAGAAAUUUAUUUUAAUCUAAUACAUUAGCUUAACAAUAAAAGGAAAUUCAUUAACAACAAUAAUCAUUAACAUAAUAAUUAUCUUAAUAAUAAAAUACAAUAAUUUAAUAUUAGAAUUCACCUAAAAUUUAGAGAUAAAGAAGUAGUAAUCAUCUGUCAUAAAGUUAAUUGAAUCCUAAUAUCAAAUCAUAAGGAGGAUCAUUAAAAAAUAUUACUCCCACUCAAUAAGAUUUGAGUAAUGAUUAAAUACUUGGUGAUGUAUUCAAUGAAUAAGAUUUUAUAAAUAAACUACUAAAUAAAUCUGAUGUAGUAUCAAAUGAAAUUUUAAUUGUUUUAUUAUUAUGCAAUAACAUAGAGAGUGUUUAUGUUAAGAAAGAGAAAAAGAUUGAAAAUAUUUAUUAUAAUUCAUUUGAUUAGUCAAUUCAAGACUUUGUGAAGAUAUUUGAUUAUAAAUUUAUUUCAAGUGCUACUAUUGAUAAUUUUAAAGUUGAAUAUAAGCAAGAUCAAAUAAUAAAAAAAGCAGUAUCAAUCUAGGGAGUUGUUAAAAUCUUUGACAUUAUAGCAUUAUUAUUACCAACUGAAAAUAGAUAAAACAAUUUAUCUAUUUUAGUUAAAGAUCCUGAAUCAUUUGAAUUAGAUGAAGGAGCAUUAUUAUAUACUAGACAAGAAAUAUGUGAAAAGAAUUAUAAUGAUCAGAGAUUCCCUUAAAUUAAUGAAACAAUUGAAUAUAUGUUUUGGGAUGGUUAAAAGUCGAUUAAAUAUUAUAAAAAAUAAUUAGAUUUUUAGUAAACAUAAUAAUUCUUAAACAAAUUAAACUCAAUUAAUGAAACAUAUGGGAAUAGGGAAGAAGAAUUAGAUAACCUAUAUUAAUAGAUUGAAUAAGAUAGUUAAUUAUUCUUUAUCUUAGGAUUGAAAUAAUUUAUACCAAUUAAAAGUUAAUUAGUCUCAUAAGAGAUUUGCAACAAUAACCUUAAUUAAGAAAAACUGUUUUAAACACUUUUGAAACAUAAUUAUAAAACUUGUUUUAUUAUUGAUACUUAUGAAGAAUUAAUAUCUUUUUUAAGAACUUAUCACAUUGCUGAAAAGAAUUCCGUUGAUCUUUUUCUAGAAGUCAAUACUAUUCAUUAUAAAUUUAGAUAAUCUAUCUCAAAUUUAAUUGAAAAAUAAAACAUAUUUGAAGUUUACUAAUAAAAAUUAGUUGAAAAUUUUAUUGUAAUUAAUAAUGAAACGCUUGAAGCAAUAGUCAAAGAUGAUUAUCUUAAAUAUCAUUUUGUUGUUCUUUUUUAUUUUUCUUAAGGUGUUGCAGCUUAUUAAUUAGAUGAAAAAUAAAAAGGGAAACUUUUAAAAUUGAUAACAAUUACUGAAAGAUAUAUUGCAUCAAUAGGUUCAGGAUUAGACAAUUAAUAUUUUUUUUAUAAAUCUAAUUACUCAUUCAAUAUAUUCACAACAGAUCCUUAAUGUGCACUUUCUAAUCCUAACUUUUUAAUAUCUAAAGUUGAUUAAAUGUUCAAAUUGUUAUUUUAUUAUUGUCCAACAACUUACAUAAAUUAUGAAUCCAUCAUUUUAAUUUAGAUCUACAGAUGCUUUUUAUUUGGUUUUUUCUCAUAUAUGAUUGACUUUUAAAAUCAAUUUCAUACAUUAGAUGAAUUAAUUUUCUUUGUUUUAGUACCAAGCAAUAUUGUUACAUGUAUUUUAAAUUAUGAAAAUUUUAUUCAUUAUAAAAGGUAUGAAAAUAAUUAAUUUCAAAUCUAUCGAAAAAGAUUAGAAUUAAUAAAAUAAAGUAAUAUUUAUACAAAAAUGAUCAAAAUAAUCUUUCUAGCAUUAUUAGAUUCAAUACUAAUUGAAAUUUGUUUUAACAUAUUUGAUAUAUUCUAAAAUUAAGAACUUGUAAAUUACUCUAUUUUUAUGUUUAUAAAUCUAGAAUUAAUUGAAAAGUAAAAAUAUCUAAUGACUUAACUAAAUUCACACUUUGACUUAGGAAAGAUGCUUAAGCUUAUUUUUUCAUGCAUUAUAUUAUCAUCAUUAUUAAUAUUAAUUUAUGGACUUGUAAUCACAGAUGUAAUAGAUUAAUUAUAAAAUAUAAAUUUUAUUUUUUGGAUAUUUGGAUUAAUAUUUGCAUUAUCAAUUUCCUUUAUAUUAUAGUAAUUACUGAUAAUUACAGAAUUUAGCUUCCCAUGUUAAAAUGAUAUUUAAUUUCAUGCAUAAUAUCAAAUUGAAAUAGAAAAGAUAAGCUAAUCUUUGAAAUACUUGAAUGAAUAUAAUACAAAUGAGCCAAAGCUGUUUAUCGAGAAAUUAUUUGAAGGGAAAGAUAUAAUGGAUGAAUAACUUUUAAAAAAGAUUAAAGGGGAUUAAUAGAUGACUGAUCAAAUGGAAAAAGACUUAAAAUUUACAGAUAAGAGAACAGAAAAGGAUUUUCAAAAUUCACUUAAACCCUAAAAAAAAUACAUUUAUCUUAUAUACGAGGUCACAAUAUUUGGAAUAAGAAUAUAUUAAUAGAUUAACAAUCUUUAAAUAGCCUAUCUAGUUAUUUCUGUAAUUCAGUUUUUUACAAUGAGCUUGUUACCUAUAAUACAAACAUUUAAAUCUAAACCAUUAGUCUUACUUAGUUUUAGGUUUUUAUUUUUUAUAGUUUUACAUGCUUUAUUAGAUACUGAUUUAAAUGAAACUUUAAUGUUUUUAAUUUCUAUUUCUUUGGUUCAUCAUCCCUUAUUAGGAAUUUAUGGAUAUUAUUGUGUAUGCAUUAUAUCAGCAAUUUUAGAUAUGUUGAUGGUAGGAAUAUUGAAUGAUGGUGAUCCAUAUUACAUUUUAAAUCAUGGUUUAAUUGUAGUAGAAAUUUGUCUUCCAUUAAUAUUUUAAGUGUAUAAAACUGAAUUCUUAUAAAGAUAUUAAUAUAUUUUGCAAAAUAAAUUAUUAGAUGAAUAUAAAAAGUUAAAUGAUGCUCUAGGUCUUUUAAUGCCUCGAUUUAUAAAAGAAAGAAUGUCAAAAGGAUAAAUAUAAAUAUCAGAAGAUUAGGGAGAUGUUGCAAUUUUAUUUUGUGAUAUUUAUGAUUUUGAUGAUAUAAUUAGAAAUGAAUAAAUAAAAGUUGUAGAAUUUUUAGAUAAUUUGUAUCGCUAAUUUGAUUAAUUUUGUUAAGCAAAUGAAUUAUAAAAGAUAGAAACUGUAGGUAAGACUUAUAUGGCUGCAGGAGGUUUAAAAGAUUAUAAUAUAUCAGAUAAUUUGAAUCCGACAGAAAGAAUUUUAGAUACAGCUCUUUAAAUGUAAGAAAGUGUUAAAACGAUGAAAUAUGGAGAUAAUAAAGCAGUUAUACUAAAAAUUGGUAUACAUUAUGGAAGAGUAAUUGCUGGUGUGAUAGGGGCACAUAAACCAUAAUUUUCUUUAAUAGGAGAUACAGUCAAUACAACUAGUAGAGUAUGUUCAACAUCAGAACCAGGUAUUAUCACUUUAAGUUAAUAAGCUUAUGACAAAGUAUGCAAUAAAAAAUAUUAAUUUAAAUUAAGAGAAGUUGAAGCAAAAGGCAAAGGAACUAUCAAAACAUAUUAAUUUAUUAAGGGUAAUAAAAGACAAUAAUAGGCAAUUCUUAAAGUUGCUGAUGAUGUUUCGAAAUCUCCUAAUCCACAUUUAUAGAAUUAAAUGAUUAAAAAAAUUUAGGAAAAUCUAAAGAAUAAACAAAAAACUAUUUUAAAAAAAGUAUCUAUAAAUGAGGAUAAAUAAGAUAUUGGCCCAAUUACAAUUUAAAAUACAAAUAUAAAUUUAAAUUUAAAAUUAAUACCAAAUGCAACUCCAUAAUCUAUUUAACCAAUGAUAAGAGCUUCAUCGAGAUCAGUAUUUAAUUCUUCAUACUAAAUUGGAUUGCUUACGCCAAAUGAAUAAGAUUAAGAUAAUAAUAAUACUAAUAAUAAUAAAUAAGAAGAAAAGGAGAAAGAAAAAGAGAAAGACAAAGAGAAAGAAAAAGAUAAAUUUAAUAUGAAUAAUAUAUAAGGAGAUGGAUUAAAAUCUAGCAUUCCUUUAGGAGGAUAUAGUGCAGUAGGUUAAUAUACAAAAAGAAUAUCAAAUUUAGCAUUUGAAUUAAAUCCUAUGAAAUCAAGAAAAUCAGUUUAUAAAAGGGCAGGUACCAAAACUAAUAUACCUGAAUAAGAUUAAAUCUUAGGAAUGGGAACUAGUGGUUAAAAAAUGGCAGAAAGUGUAAGAGCAGAAUAACCUAGUGCUAAAAGAAAGAGAACAAGAAUAAUAGUAGAAAAAUAAAUAGAUUUUAUUGAUAGGAUUGAAUCUUUGUCUGUUCACAAAACACCUAAAGAAUUAAAGCUAUAAUCUCAUAUGGAUGAUAUGGAGAUAAGAAAAUUAAUAGAUAUUGAAGAGAGCAUUUAUUAAAAUGAAUAUGAUUUGAAAAAUAUGGAAGAAAAAGUUGAAAUAUAAAAAUAUGGUAUUUAAGAGUCUGAUUAUAAAAGUGAUAGUCAUGAUUAAUAUUUCUCAAUUUAUGAUUAAUACAAAGAUUUCGAUAUUAAAUAGGUAAGGAUAUUUAUUGUGUUUAUUAUAAUAUUGUUGAUUAUUAAAAAUUUAUUGUAUUAUCUAUUGUAAACAAUAAGUGAAGAAUUAUAAGUGAUGUUUAUUUGUUAAUCUGUUAUUUGUUUGAUUUUAUCAAUAGUAAUUUAUCAUGUCAAAAAAAUAUUCAUUUUAAAACUGCUCAUUGCCUUUUACAUCAUAAUAUUUUGUAUAAAUAGCAUUUUAAUAAUCAAUGUUCACGAUAUUCAAAUGGAAUUGAUAUUUUAAAUAAGUUAAAUGACUGCUGUUUAUUUGAACUUAUUUUAUUUAUAAAUUUACAAUAGAAAGGAUAGAAUAAAAUUAUCUGUCUUAUAUACAAUACUAAUAUUAAUAAAUUUAGUUUAUAAUGAACAUAUAUUGAAUAUUAUUUUCUUCUCGAUUUGUAUCCUAAUAUCCAGUUUGAUGAUUUAAGAAAAAGAAUUAAAGAUUUUGGCUGAAAAUUAUUAAUGUUUUUCACAAUUUGAAUCUAAAAAUGCAAAAUAAACAUAAAUUUUAUAAUAUUUGUUACCUUAACAUAUAAUAGGUAGAUUUUUUUCAACAGAUAUUACAACAACAGAUAAUUUCACAGAUGUAUUUCAAAAUUGUACAAUUCUGUUUGCUGAUAUUGCAGGAUUUACAAAAUAUUCAAGUUCAGUAGAACCAGAAUAAGUUGUCAAUAUGCUUAGAAUUUUAUUUUAAUAGUUUGAUGAAGCCUGUUAAAAAUUUUAAGUUUAUAAAUUAUAUACAAUUGGAGAUUGUUAUGUAUGUAUGGGUAUUAUAGAUGCAAAUAAUAGAGAUCCUGUUGGUGAAGUAUAUUAAUAAAUAAUAUUAAUAGGCUAUAAAUAUUGUUUUGUUUGGUUUAAAGAUGAUAUAGAUAAUUCAAUAGAUAAAUAAAGAUCCUUAAUUUUAACAUUUGAAUAUGAGAAUUGGAGCCCAUACAGGGAAAGUAAUAGGAGGUGUUGUAGGAACAGAUGUUGUUAGAUAUGAUAUAUAUGGAGAGGAUGUUACAACAGCCAAUAAGAUGGAAUCAAAAGGGUAAGAAGGUAAAAUAAUGGUAAGUGAAGCAACAAAAGAUUUAAUAGAAAGUGAUGAAGAAUGCAUUGGUAUUUUCGAUUUUGAAUUUGCAUAAGAGGUCUUUUUGUCAUAAAAUAAUACUACAAUAUCUACUUAUUUUGUAAACUUUGAUUAAAAUGGUGAUGAAUGA